UAAUGCAUUAAUUAAAUUUCAACCGUUGGUAGCGCUGCCUACAUUGUUUUGACAUUUUGUGAUCAAUAAGAACCGGUUGUUUAAGUGUUCCUACGAAUAUUUAACAUAUUAUUUAUUAUUGAGCACACACAUGGUAUCUAACUCUGAUAAGAUGACUCUGAACAAUUUUGUGAAUUACGUCAUGUUCGAUAACCCUCUCUGUAAGAAACUUUCGUCGUAUGUGACCGGCAACUCCAAAACUAUGGAUCCCUCAACUAUUAAAGUAGUGACUGAAAGAGUACCACUGUAUAAACUGGCAGGUGAAAAUGGGCCAUUUAUAAAGAUUGCUGGUCUAAUGGGGGCUUCAGCUGUUAUAUUGGCGGCAUAUGGGGCACAUAGGGCAUAUGAUAAGGAUUCACCAGCUGAUUUGAGAGGUGUAUAUGAGACAGGCAGCAGAAUGCACUUUUUCCACACUCUUGCUUUAAUGGGAGUGCCCAUGUGCAAAAGACCCAACAUUGCAGCUACAUUAUUCGUGAGUGGCACAAUUCUAUUUUGUGGACCAUGCUAUUACCAUGCAUUCACUGCUGAGAACAAAUUUGGCAGAUUAGCACCAGUUGGAGGCACAAUUCUCAUAUUUGCAUGGCUGUCCAUGAUUUUUUAAUGUUGUUGUUUAGCAUAAAUUGACCGUUUUUCUUUUAUAGAACAUAUGUACAGUUAGAAUAAGGGUGUAAAUUUAAGACCUCAGCAACAUACAUGUAAAACAUGUGCAAUAAAACCAAUUUCACAUGUAUGUAGGUAUGAUAAUUAAUGUGAAUAUAUCAUAAAAAUAUUAAACUUAUUUGCCACAAA